AUGAUAUUGAUGGAGAACAGGACAGAUGUGACACAUUUCAUCCUGCUGGGGCUGACCAGUGACCCAGACCUGCAGAUCCCACUCUUUGUAACUUUCUUCUUGAUCUACAUCAUCACGUUGGUUGGGAACCUGGGGAUGGUCCUCCUGAUUCUCUUGGACUCUCGUCUCCACACCCCCAUGUAUUUCUUCCUUGGUAAUCUGUCUCUGGUGGACUUUUGCUACUCUUCAGCUGUCACCCCUAAGGUCAUGGCUGGGCUCCUCAUGGGAGACAAGGUCAUCUCCUACAAUGCUUGUGCUGCUCAGGUGUUCUUCUUUUCAGGCUUUGCUACUGUGGAAAAUUACCUGUUGGCCUCCAUGGCCUACGAUCGUUAUGCAGCAGUGUGUAAACCCCUCCAUUAUACCACCACCAUGACAACGAAUGUGUGUACUUGGCUGAUCAUAAGCUCUUACCUCAUUAGUUUCCUGAAUGCCUCCAUCCACACUGGGGACACAUUCAGCCUCUCUUUCUGUAAGUCCAAUGUGGUCCAUCACUUUUUCUGUGAAAUUCCCGCCGUCAUGGUUCUCUCUUGCUCUGACAGAUACAUUAGUGAGCUCAUUCUUGUCUAUGUAGUGACCUUCAAUAUAUUUCUUGCUCUCCUUGUUAUCUGUAUAUCCUACAUGUUCAUUUUUAUUACCCUUCUAAAGAUGGACUCAGCCUUGGGACACCGGAAAGCUGUGUCCACCUGUGCCUCCCACCUCACUGCGGUCUCCAUUUUCUACGGGACUGUUAUCUUCAUGUACUUACAGCCCAGCGUGGCUCACUCCGACACAGACAAAAUUGCGUCUGUAUUUUACGCCACCGUCAUCCCUAUGCUGAACCCUGUGGUCUACAGCCUGAGGAACAAGGAAGUUAAGUGUGCAUUUUUAAAUCUCAAGAAUGCAUUCAUUUUGUGGAUGCAACAGAAAUCUUUAGGAUUAUGGCUUUAA